AUGCAGUUCAACAUCCUCGCCCUUACCGUUGCCGCCAUGGCCUCCGUCGCAGUUGCCACUGAGACUGUCACCGUCUACGCUUGCCCAAGCUCUACUGGUCUCUCCGGAUCUGCUGCCACCGCUGGUGCCUCCUCUGGAGAAUCUUCCGGCAUCACCUCCGGUUCCACUGGAUCUUCCUCCGGUGAAUCUUCCGGCCUCACCUCCGGCUCCAACCCAUCUGGUGUUGCUGCCGCUAGCGGUGUUGCUGCCCCAACUGCCUCCUCCGGUGUCGUUUCCUCCCCAUCUGGAACCAGCUCCCCAAUUGCUUACGCUACUGGUGCUGCUGGCCACAUCCAAGUCUCCGCUUUCGGAAUGGUUGUUGCUGGUGCCGUUGCUCUUCUCAUCUAA